CAGGACACAAGUAACCAAACAUGCGCAUGGUGUGAAUAAUUGACCAAAGGAAUCUGUCCCACUCCAACCCCAGCGGCUCCGUCACAGCCGGUGAGACCUUGCCAUCAGAUUUUCUUUGGCAGUUGAAGAAUUAGAAUCAGAUUUUCUCCAGGUCGCAAACCCUAAAUAUCAGACGUGCUGCAGUGACUACUGAUCGAAUUACUACCCGGAUUUCUAAUGUCCUCGGCAAAACAGAGUGAAGCCCAGGACAUCCGCGUUAAGGUUGUCGCUACAACGCCACUUGAACCCCAUUGUAUUCGUCUUGCCGAAUCAUCAUUGUCCAGUUGAGGUUUUUCUAUUCGCCCAUCUAAGUAGGUACCAUCAUGCCCUUCCUCUUAGCACGAUUGAUUUUUUUGCUAUUACCAUUAUUAAAAAUGCUGGAGAAUCCUUUACCCUUGUAUCUUUUUCAUUAUAUAGAUAUGGGCAUACAUAUAUAGAAGUAUGGUUUUCGAUUUAUUAACGUAGCUUUCAUUGCUUGAGGCACAUUGCUAUAUGGAAAGGAGGAAGCUUUGAUGGCUAAACGUCUAAAAAUUUUGGUAUGAAUAGCUUGUGAUCUUUUUGAAGUAUACGGACAAUAAAAGAUGAUUCCUUUU